AUGGGUUAGUUUUUGUCAUAACCAAUCACCCAGAAAUUGCACGAGUAGUAGUCUAAUGCAAUUCUGUACUGCCAUACUGCGUCAAUGCAAGGUUGGAGACUUUAAAUGGAAGAUGCUCACAUUAUGAAAGUAGACUUUAGAGAAGAUAUCUCAUUAUUUGCUGUAUUUGAUGGACACGGUGGUGCUGGAAUUUCAAAUUACUUGGCUGACAAUUUUCUAGAAGCCCUAGUUUAGCAGCCUUCAUUCAUAGGUGAAGAUUACACUUAAGCUUUACAUGAUUGUUUCAUACAUUUGGAUGAAAUGAUCAAAACUAAUGUGGCUAAAAAUACAUUUAUAGGUUCAACAGCAGUGGUGGCUUUAGUAGUCUAGAAGACCUUGUACGUUGCUAAUUUAGGCGAUUCUCGUUGUCUUCUAAUGAGAGAUGAUGAAACCAUCGAGUUAACAAAAGAUCACCUUCCAUGUAAUGAACUGGCUAGAAUCAGAUUUGCAGGAGGAUUUGUUAAUGAAGAAGGACGUCUCAAUGGAACACUCUCAGUUUCACGUGCUUUUGGCGAUUUUGAAUUCAAAUAAGAACCAUUGCCAGCCAAUUAACAAAUGGUGAUUGCUGAACCUGAAAUUAGAAAGAUAAAAUUGAGUAAGGAAGACAAAUUCCUAUUUCUCGGUUGUGAUGGAUUGUUCGAAACCAUGAAUAGUUACAAAGUGAUGUAAUUCAUUGGAGAACGACUAGAAAGGGGUAUGGAACCACCAUUAAUACUUGAAAAUUUGCUUGAUUCUUCUUUGGCUAUCGAUACUACUACUGGUUAUGGAUGUGACAAUAUGACUGCUAUGUUAAUAUAGUUGCACAUCUGA